UUAGACCGGGGGUUGACCGCCCACCGCUCUAUGUUGUCUGAAGAAACCCUCGAUCUCCCCUGUGCCGCUUCACUUGCGAAGCACCCGGUCCCUCGCCAGUCUCCCACAAAACCCUCAUAGAAACCUUAAACCCUAAACCCUAACCCUAACUCUGGCCGUCGAUAGCAUUCGGAUCCUGACCUCCAGCGUUUCAUGAAGAACCGGGGCCGCAAGAAGCCCUCGCGCUCUAGGGGCGGCAAGAAGGACCCCCGGUCCUUCGGCGACGACGACGACCCCUUCUUCGAGUCCGAUGCCAAGCGGCGGCGCAAGGGCCGUGCCGAAGACGACGACGAUGUCCUGGGGGGCCUGGAGAGCGACGACGAGCUGGCCGACGAUGUGGGAGAGGAGGAGGAGCCGGCGGAGCCCGAGGAGACCGCGGACGAGAAGAGGGUCAGAGUGGCGAGGGAGCAUUUGGAGAGGAUUCGAGCUAUAGCGAGGAAGGUGGAGGAGGAGGAGGACGAGGAGGAGGGGCGGGAGGAGAGGGAGGGUAGAAGAGAUUCUUUGGUGGCGGACAUUCUCCAAAAGGGCCAGCUUGAGGAGAGUGGGCGGGUCAGGAGAUUUCUUGCUUCAAGGGUUCUAAGUCCAGAAACUCUCGAUGAGUUUAGAUUCCUAGUGAAGCACCGGCAAUCUGUUGCUACUGUAGCCUUGGCUGAGGAUGACUCGAGGGGGUUUUCAGCUUCCAAAGAUGGAGCCAUUCUGCACUGGGAUGUUGAAAACGGUAAAAAAGAGAAGUACUUGUGGCCCAGUGAGGAUGUACUGAUAUCACAUUAUGCAAAAGCUCCUCAAAAUCCUUCUACAAAGAGAAGUAAGCAUGUAUUGGCUUUGACUGUCAGUUCGGAUGGUCGGUAUUUGGCAAGUGGUGGAUUGGACCGCCAUGUCCAUUUAUGGGAUACUCGCACACGGGAACAUAUCCAGGCAUUCCAUGGUCAUAAAGGACCUGUUUCCUGCCUUACUUUUAGGCAGGGGACCUCCCAGCUUUUCUCUGGUUCCUUUGACCGAACGAUUAAGCUGUGGAAUGCAGAAGACAGGACUCACAUGGACAAUUUAUUUGGUCAUCAAAGUGAAAUACUGACAGUUGAUUGUCUCAGAAAAGAACGACUUUUGACUGUAGGGCGUGACCGGACUAUGCGGUUAUGGAAAGUUCCUGAGGAAUCACAAUUGAUCUUCCGGGCUCCUGCAUCAUCUUUGGAAUGCUGCUGCUUUAUUAAUGACAGUGAAUUUUUAUCUGGCUCGGAUGAUGGAAGUAUUGCACUUUGGAGCAUAUUGCGGAAAAAGCCUACACACAUAAUAAAAAAUGCUCAUGCUCCAUCUCCUAAUGAUCAUUUGUAUGAGAAAGUUAAGGAAAAGAUGCCUAAUGGGGGUAAUACAGAAAAUGGCAUUUGCAAAGCUGAAACCUAUUCUUCAGCCUGUUCGUGGGUUAGUUCUGUUGCGGUGUGUAGAGGUAGUGAUCUUGCUGCAACUGGAGCUGCUAAUGGUGUGGUCCGUUUGUGGGCUAUUGAAAAAGAUAACCAAGGAAUUCGGCCGUUAUUUAGUUAUCCCAUGGUUGGAUUUAUAAAUUCGCUUGCAUUUGCAAAAUCUGGACGCUUCUUGCUUGCUGGAGUUGGUCAGGAACCCCGUCUAGGAAGAUGGGAACGUGUUCCAGCAGCACGAAAUGGAGUUGCAAUACACUCCAUCAGGUUAAAGGAAGAGAGCACGCCAGUCUAUUAGUGACUUAAAUCAGUCCACAUCUUGACGACACAUUGAGGAAUUUCUCAUUUUUGCAAGUAGGAAGAAUUCCUAACAAGUUAGCAAAUCAUUGUGGUCAAAGCAUAAGUAUUGUACUGGUGCCUUGUCGUUGGAAAUUAUCUGUCUUUUUACUCCAUUGUAGAUUGAGUUUUUUCUCCACUCGUCAGCUCAGGCAUCAGAUGAGGCUACAACCAGCUUAUCUGCAUAUUUUAUUAUAGAAGCAUAAAUUUGUAUCACUUAUUCUUUUUCCAAGGAAGAAAUAUUUAUUUUCUAGUUGAAGUCUCCUUGUAUUCCAGGAACACAUAAUCUGAUUCAGUAAAUUUUGCAUAUCAUUCCAACAGUGA